AUGAUUAAAUACAGUAAAUUUCAUUGUAGCGCAUAUCCAUGGCUGCUGAAUUAUAUCAAUCGUCACAGCAAGCGUCAAACACGACAAAUUUCUGUUCAUACAUUUGUUAGUCAAGCGGAAAGUGGCCGCACACUAACCGAUUUCACUUUUCUUCCUGGCCAUGGAACACAUUUCUUCGUCUAUAAUUACCGAUGGAUACAGGUUGAAAGGCAACGCGAAAAGCAGGUUAUUCAAAAAGGAGAUUAUCGCACACCACUUGAAACAGUUACAUUAACCACCAUAGGUACUGUUGUUAUUUUUGGCUCUUUUUUCCAGUUUAUUGAUAAUCAGAGAUUGAUUGCUGCUGGUAUAGCUUGCAUAUGGGAUGGGAGCACACUGGGAGUU